AUGGCUGUCCAACACGAAGGGGUGUCUACGGGCAGUAAUGCCAGUUCCAUUACACGCGAAGAGAAGGUAGCGAAGGCAAAAGACAUCCUAGGUGUAGAAGAGGGAUCAUCAACAGCGAUAAGCGCAGACGACCAACUACUUGCCUCCCUGGGCUAUCGUGCGGAGCUGAAACGAGAAUUCUCAUAUUUCACAGUAUUCGGACAGAGUUUUGGAGCUAUGGGAAUUGCGCCUGCAAUUGCAGAAUCAAUUGUGUUUUCCUUGGGAAGCGGAGGCAGUGUUGGAAUGGUAUGGACAUAUCUGAUCGGAUGUCUGCUAUUGAUCCCAGUUGCCUGCAGCUUGGGAGAACUAGGAAGUAGUAUGCCAACUUCGGGCGGAUUGUACUAUUGGGUAGCUCGACUUACACCGGAGCGUCAACGGGCUUUCAUGUGCUGGCUUGCUGGUUACAUGAACGUCUUAGGAUACAUUUCUAUUUACGCUUCUACCAUCUACGCCGCGACGCUUAUUCUUGGCGCAACAUGCAGUAUUGGAACGGAUGGGGCUUUCGUAGCUACGAAAUACCAUAACUACGGGAUGUUCACGGCGACGAUUUGUCUCACAUUCGCAAUGACCUGCGUAUCUUCUUCGCUUCUCAGCAAGCUGAACUUUACGUACAUCAUUGUACAGCUCGUCAUGCUGCUUGCACUGAUCAUAUCUCUCGCGGCCGCAACACCAAGCGAGCUUAAGAACUCGGCAGCCUUCGUUUUCACCAAUUUCGAAAACACUGGAUUCUGGACGAACAAUGGGUGGGCAUUUAUGAUGUCGUUGCUCACACCUGUUUGGGUAGUGUCGGGCUUCGAGUCUUCAGCUACUAUCGCCGAGGAAGCAUCAAAUGCUGCCAAGGCCGUUCCAUUUGCUAUGGUUAGCAGUUUGAUCGUAGCAGCAGUGACUGGUUGGGCUGUCAUCAUCACAAUUGCAUUCUGCAUGGGUCCCGAUGUUAUCUCAUUAGUCACCAGUAGUCUGGGUCAACCAAUGGCUCAGAUUGCUUACAACAGUCUGGGAAAGAAUGGAAGCAUCGCUUUGUUGGUGUUCUUGUGGUUUAGCAGUAUCUGCAAUUGCUCGAUCUUGAUGGUUGCUGCCAGUCGCGAGACCUUUGCUUUCGCAAGAGAUCAUGGACUUCCAUUCUCUGGUUUUCUCCGCGUGCUCUCUUCGAACAAGACACCAGCUCGCGCCGUUGGCUUCUGCGCCUUCAUAUCGCUUCUCGAAGGUCUCCUCAUGCUCGUCAACACGAUUGCCAUCAACUCCAUCUUCAACCUCGCUAUUAUGGGUCUCUACUUUGCAUACUGCAUGCCACUUGUAUCUCGCCUUGCAUUCGGCAACUUCACUCCUGGCGUCUUCUACAUGGGCGAUACCAUCUCGAAAAUCUCCGCCACAUACUCUGUUGCAUGGAUGACGUUUAUUUUCGUCCUAUUACUGUUCCCAUCAUAUGAGCAUGUGGGACCACAGGAGAUGAACUACGCUGUUGCAGUCUUAGGCUUCGUGCUAGUGUUCUGUGUUUGCUACUACUAUGCACCCGGGUUUGGCGGCAAGACGUUCUUUACUGGCCCCGUAAGAACGAUUGAUGAUAUAUUGGAUGAGAAUCAAGACAUUGAUAUGGCCGUUGAAAAGGAGAUUGCUGCGGAGAAGAAUCGUGCGGAUCAUGAGGGUAUUAAUGGGGAUAAAAAGACUUCAUUGUAG